AUGAUUGGAUCGUUUCUAACAAGAGGACUUGUAAUGAUAUUUGGAUAUGCAUAUCCUGCUUAUGAAUGCUACAAAACGGUUGAAAAGAAUAAGCCUGAGAUUCAACAGCUUCGUUUCUGGUGCCAAUAUUGGAUUUUGGUGGCUGCUUUGACGAUUUUCGAAAGAGUUGGCGAUACUUUUGCUUCAUGGGUUCCGUUGUACUGCGAGGCAAAACUGGCGUUUUUCAUAUACCUUUGGUUCCCCAAGACGAGAGGAACUACAUAUGUUUACGAAUCUUUCUUUCAACCAUAUGUUGCAAAGCAUGAGAGUGAAAUCGACCGCAGCUUGGUUGAGCUAAGGACCAAAGCUGGAGAUCUGGCAGUCAUAUACUGCAGAAAAGCAGUGUGCUAUGGACAGACGAGAAUCACCGAGAUCCUGCACUUUGUUGCUCUUCAAUCAACCCCAAAACCUAAGCCUAAGGAAAAGAAACAGCCAUCACCACCAGAAGAGGAACAGAAGCAACCGGAUCUUAAGGCGGCAAGAGAAGCGGCACUUAGUGCUCAAGCCCGUCCACCAACCAAGAAACCGCAGCUUCUAACCAAAGAACCUAUAACACCAAAGCCUAUUCCGUCUCCAACUAAGCAGCAGCAACAACAAAUAGAGAACAAGGAAGCAAAACCAAGCGUGUCACAAACCAAACUCACUCCUCCUCUUCCUCCACCACCACCACCACCACCCUCAACCGCCACCAAACCAGACGCUGAUACGGCACAGCCAUCACCAUCACCAUCAACAACAGAGGCAGAGAAAGCGUCAGAGACUGUUGCAGCGUUGCCAGCGACUGCGAUUGAGCGAGCGUUAACUUCGAAAGAGACUAUAAUGGAAGAAACACUAAGGAUCACUCGUGGGAGUCUGAGAAAAGCUCGUUCAACUGGAACGCGUUAG